UUCGAACGAUCGUCUGUGUGCGAUGUGAUCUCGACGGUGCUAGUUGUGCUCCGUUUGUUUGAAAUCGUCUCUUAUUAAUUCCAACUUCUAUUUUCCGUGCAAGAACUCCCUAAAUAAUUAUUGUAAUGUGGUGACGACUUAUUGAGGAGCUUUCGAGGAUAUUUUUUAAAUUUAAAUUGUAAAGAAGAAAGACGAAAAUCUGUGAUUUACAAUGGCCCCAAUGCAGAAUGGUGUGAAGAACACAUCAAAGAAAUCCCAAACGUCGGAAAAGCUCACCGAAUCGACGCCGAUGUUGCCCUAUGCUCUGGAUGAUCAACCUAAGCAAAAGUCUGUGGUUGUUGCCUAUAUUUUGUGGCUUUUUGGGGGACUUUUCGGGGCCCAUCACCUGUACCUGCAUCGCGAUCGACAAGCUUUCGUGAUGUGGUGCACCCUGGGUGGCUAUUUUGGCAUUGGAUGGAUUUGUGAAAUCUUCAAAAUCCCCGAAUAUGUGCGAGAUACGAAUGAGCAUCCGGAAUUUUUGGCAAAAUUCUUUGAGAAUAUGCAAAAACAUAAGAAGCCCCCCUUUAGUACAUCUCGCUUCAUGGGGGCCGUCGUUUUGGCGUAUCUCUUCACGCAGGCAGCAAAACUUGCAAUUCCUCAAGAAAUUUUCUGGGGCAUUGACUUCAGCUUGCUGCAUUGGGCACUGCCCUUUUUCGCUUCACUGGGAGUGUGGACAGUUGGGAACAUUGGUCGUGAAAAGGGGCCCCUCAUUCACUGCCUUCUAGCUGCCUAUGCCCUCUACCCGAUACGGUAUUGGAUUUACGACGAAGACGUUUGGAUACUCCUAAUGAAUGUAGCCUCAGCAUCGGCAUUUGAUUUCUGGUCCAAAGAAUGGAGACGCACACGUCCCAAGCGACAUGGUCUGUGCAAACGAGGAUUUUACCUCUCCAUUGCAAUCUGCCUCUACUCCUCUCUCUGGGUAUCCUACCUGUACUUCAAUGGAAAAAUUCAAGAUAGCGAAGGUGACGAAGUUCCCGUUCACGAGGCCAUUCGUAACUUCCUCACCUCACCGUGGUGGACAGAUCUGAAGCAAACUGUUGCGGAUACGUGGCAAUUUGCAAAGCAUAACGGUUGGAAAGAGACAUGGCGACAAAUAAUUGAUCAGAUGGACGCAGAUGGGGAGCAAAAUGCCUACAAGGUGCUAGGAGUUAGCCCCACGGCGUCUCAAAGUGAAAUUACAUCCGUCUACCGGAAGCUCUCGCGAGAGUAUCAUCCGGACAAGGCAAAAGAUGAGGAACAGCGAAAGGUGGUCCAGCAGAAAUUCAUGGAGAUCCAGCAAGCUUACGAAGUUUUGAGCAAAAUCAAGAAUAACCGUCGAAGGAGAAACAAGAAGUUCAAUGAAGAGUUGUAAUAGGGAAUACCCAAUGAUAUUAAAAAAAAAGUAAAAUAA